AUGUUCACCCACCCCCAGCGGUUGUUCGCCACCAUCCCAUGCCCCCUGAUCCGAAUAAACCAGAAGUGUACGGUGCUUAAUUGCAUCUUCCACCAUUCACAAACUCCAGAAAAUGGUACUCGAGCCAAACGGCCGGCUCCAGAAUCGCCUACUGCCCCCUUAUCCUCAGCCUCACUAUUAUCGCCCCCAGCCAAACGGGCUAAACCUGAGCCACUGUCCUCCAAUAAAGUUGAAAAUGCUUUGGAACAAGACUCCCGUAUCACUAUCCCUGAAGCCGUCGACCCGUGUGCGGUAGACCGAGCCACGAGGCUGAUACACCUCCGCAAGCUCGCCCUCUACUUGAAGCUGAUCGGCACUCCCCAGCCCAAUCGCCGGGCAAUGGCUCAAGAAAAGUCAGUAGCCGAGGACGCGAAGGGGACUAGUGACUAUAAACAACGUAUGGGACGUCUCAUGGGCGAGAAAUUGCCAGAGCAAGAAGAGGACGUGAAAGUGAUCAUGCCUCGCCCUUUACCCCAGGGAGGUGGACCAGCUAUGCUUCAAGAUCGUAAGAAGUUUGUUGAGCUUAUUGCUGCUUGCAUCAUCAAUAUUGAGCCCAAUUGGCCUACCCCAAAUAAGUGGGCGAUUGAACAAGAGUAUGCCGUGGCCAAAGUCACCAAUAAACACUCGUAUCCUCAGGCAAUCAGACGCAAACUUUACGAUAUUAAGAAGGGUAAGGGACUUGAUGGAACUGACAUUACCAAAACCAAGAUGUCCCAGCGGGAAAUGAUGACUUACCUUGAGAAAUACGUCAUUAACGACGCUAAACUCGAAGCGUUUGGCUACACCGUCAAAGUACCUACUCCAGUGGACCACCCUAAUUACCAGCGAACGUGUAAACGGUGUGAAGCACUGUUCUUACUCAAAGACCAGCUCGAUAAGACCCAGUGCAAGUACCACCCUGGGAAGAUCAAACGCAUGGGCGGGCCCGGUACUUCCCGCUUCUACGAGUGCUGUGGUGCUUCACUCGGUGAAGCAGCUGGCACCGAAACUUGUACUACCUCUGACCACCAUGUGUUCCACUGGGACUCUCCCGAAGAGAUGGCAUGGGCGAUCCCUUAUGUCGAUACCGAUACAUGGACUCAGGAGGCUGAUUUCACCGCUUUAGGAGUUGAUUGUGAGAUGGGGUACACCACCAAAGGGUUUGAAAUGCUUAGAGUGACUGUUGUUGACUUCUUCCUGAAUGAAACCGUUCUAGACCUUCAUACUCGUCCCUAUGGCGAGGUGAUCGACCUCAACACUACUUGGUCCGGGGUGCUGGAAAUCCCGGACGAUGCCCUCCUGUUUGACGCAGCCAUUGAAUUACUUAAAACGCUUAUGAAUAAGGAUACCAUUCUUGUCGGCCACGGACUAGAGAACGAUUUGCGUACGUUACGGAUUGUCCACCACCGAGUGGUAGACACCGCCAUCCAUUUCCCCCCACAUAAACCAACCCCUAAGUUCCGCAUGUCGCUCAAAGACCUUCUGUUUGAGUUCUUGGCCCGUCGCAUCCAGCUGGGCGAACACGAUAGUGCCGAAGACGCUAUUGCUCUGAUUGACGUUGUCAAGCAUUUCAUUAAUAAGCGGUGGACUCCAGUCGAGUUAAAAGAGUCCGAACGGCCUCGUCCAACUAAACAAGGGUAG